AUGAGAGCUAGUAGGACGCUCUCAUUCACAUACUCCCUCAUUCACUCCAGCUGCUGCUUUGCUGCUUGGUGCGCUGGUACCUUGAAGAGCCUGCAGAAAAGAAAGGACUAUAAGAGUCUACUAUCACAGUACUGGUUUAAGGCACCACUGGAUUUCCACAAACCAGACUGUGUGGGUUGUUUAAUAGUGGGGGACCACUAGAGGGUUUGUUCCUGUCUUGUGUGCUGGUUACGAAAGGACAAAGUUGAUUCAUGCUGAACAGAACUGAGACAUAAGAGUUUGUGAGAGAUAGAAGAGGCACCCAGGGUUUGUCCCUGUGGCACUUUGAAGACUGGAGAAACAUAAGAGGACCAGUGUUGGUGGGUGGAGACCUGGGGCAUACGUACGGGUAAAACCGAUCAGGUGAUGAUGUCCUUCACCAUGGUUCGCCCGUCUCCUGCACGUUUUCUAUACUCCGAGAUCAGCAUGCUCUCAGAAGAUGAUGAGAACGGCAGUGAAAGUUCAGGAUCUGAUGACAAGUCCUCCUGCCUAUCCUCUCCUGGCUAUGGCCCCAUCAAAGCUGCCUCUCGCAAACGAAAGUACAGCUGCCGGCCAGCAGCUGUGUCCACGGACCUCUGUGCGCCCAUCUCAGAAACCCGGCAGCGCAACGCAGCGAAUGCCCGUGAACGGGACCGUACCAAUAGCGUCAACAUGGCCUUCACAGCCCUGCGGACACUCAUACCCACCGAACCAGCUGACCGUAAGCUGUCUAAGAUUGAGACGCUGCGGCUGGCUUCCAGCUACAUUUCGCAUCUGGAGAAUGUGCUGUUGGUGGGCGAGUCAUGUGGUGAUGGGCAGCCAUGUCACAGGAGCCCAGCUGCCCUACACAACCACCUCCACAACUCCCACAAACCCACAGCCCCCAGCCCAGACUCUGAGAACUCCCAACCCAGACAGAUCUGCACCUUCUGCCUCAGCAACCAGAGACGACUGAACAAAGACAGAGAAAGAAAAACAGCUAUAAGGAGUUAAUGCUGAAGAAGAACCCACGAUGGGAACUCUUAACUGUACAUUUUGCGUAAUUUGUUGUACGUAAGCUAUUUUACAUAGCAAUAUUAUACACAGACUCUUAUUUAUCCUGUAAAUAUACUCUACUGGAGAUCACUUUUGGCUUGGCUACAUUUUCCCAAGUGGAAGAGCACUGAGGAGUUUGCAUCUGUCAACCAGCACAUGCUGCUUGUGCUAAACACAGCAUAUUAUGACUCUGUAAGAGUUCUACCAAAAAGGAGACAGCAGACUACAACAAGACUAUCCACACUUCAGAAGACAAUGCCUGAGACUGAAACAGCAACAGGAGAAAAACACUGAUCAGCUAAAAGCUGCCAUGAAUCUGUUCACCAGUGACCUGCUCCAGCUUUAUAUGCCAGAGUGAAAUAAAGUACCUUCAGAUUCAUCAUGAGUCUUCAACUGUUUCAUCUUCUGUUCACAGUGUGAAAAUGAGACAUUAAGAUUUUGAUAUUAAACAGUGCUCUACCCUGUUAAAUCUGGAGUUAGAUUCCUUUUCCACCACAUAAACUAAUGCUUAAUGCUGAAUAUAAAGAAAACGAAUAGUGAGAGAGUAAAAAAUUACAGAGACAGACAGCAGGUCCAGCUGAGCAUGACAUGAGAUCUGCAGGUGAACGUUGUCACAUACUGUCCUCUACUUUACCUUUGGGUUCUGUUAGAGAGAAAGAGAGGGAGAGAGAGAAAAUAAGCAAUGGACAUAUGCAUUCCCCCUAUAAGUAGAACAUUUACUUCUUUCGUCCAUUCACUUCCCAUCUUCAUGUAGCUCUAUGUUUUUGCUUUGUGAAUAAUGCAAAUUUAAGAUGUCACAACCAACAUUUCUUUACAUUUAUUUAUUUUACUACCUGCUCCAAAACGUUACUUCUGCCAGAUGAACUUGACUGUUGACAGUUUUUUUCUGGCACCUGCUUUUGUGCAUUUGGUGAUGACUGAACAGUAAUUUGCCAAUAGAGCCAUUGUUCCCUGCAAGUUUUUCCUUGAACAUUCUGUCUGUUCAUUCCAAACAUCAGAAAUCUUAACAUGUACGGUUGUAUUAAAAGAUUUAGGCACCUCUGAUCAAAUGACAUUUCCUAUCAUAAAAGAACUUUUUUUUUUUUGCUGAAUUUAAAACAUUGGUGGAAAUAAAAAUGUGGCAUGUG